CGCUGUUUGGAGUUGAGGCAGCCAGCAGCAUCCUGGCCUGUAGCAGCACCAGGGGCCAGCAGGGCCAAGGCAGUGAUCAUCCCCCUGCAAUGGGCACUCCUGAGAGGAUAACGAUGCACUGUGGAGGAGAUGAUGUUGAUAGACAGGAAAAUGGCUGGGUAUGAUUUGCUUGACUCAAGGUACAGACAACAGCAGUGUAGCAGGCUACUUUAUAGCUGCAGAAGUCUGGAUUUGACUAUAGAAAACUUGCCUUCUCCAAGUGCAGUUCUCAAAUCUUUCUCUUGUUCAAUACAGUCUAGGUAAAUAGACUGUCCUACAAGUAUAUGCAUGACAGUAUGCUCAGUCCAACCUCAAACCUUUAAUGCAGAACUCUGCAGCUGAGUUUGGGAUGCCUGAGGUGGCACACAAGUAGAUUUAGAUUAGAUAUUCAGAUAAAAUUCUUCAUUACAAGGGUGGUGAGGUACUGGAACAGGUUGUCCCGAGAUGUUGUGGCUGCCCCACCCCUAGAAGUGUUUAAGGCCAGGUUGGAUGGCGCUUGGAGCAGCCUGGUCUAGUGGAAGAUGUCCCUGCCCAUGGCAGGGGAUUGGAACUGGAUGAGCUUUAAGAUCCUUUCUUAUUCAAACCAUUUUGUGAUUCUAUCUGUGUGCUGCUUAAGCAAUCAGUGGACAUUCUUCCCCUUCCCUGAUUAGUAAAGGAACCAUUUGUAAAAUCCAUAAACGUGAAUAAAUCCAACAUUUUGUUACGAUCUGAUACAUAUUGCAGAUUUCUUAAAAUAUCUUUCUUUCUAGUCCUGUGUUUUGCCCUGUCCUGAUGCAUUUCAGAAACCAAUUAAGGAAGCCACUAAUGGAAGCAAAGCAUGCUUUUAAGUUGAUAUCAAAGGCCCCAGACAAAACUGUCUCCAUAGGUCAGUCCACAAACUAAGUUAAAUGACUUGGUUUUGCCCUUUAACCAAUGCUGACCUCAUGUAACAUCUCACAUCCUCACACUGGUACAAAACAGUGAAGGGCAGAACUAAGCACAGAAAAAGAUAGGCCAUCCUCCUGCUCACAGAGCUGCUUCCAGCUCCCUGGAGUUCAGGCAUACUAGUAGGAGAAGGGAUGGACACAGGUGCCACUGCAGCUUGUCUGGCAGGUGCCAAAAGAAUAACUUGCUGUAAGAGCACCUCUAUACUUCUGUCAAAAGCACAGGUGGUAUUUCCUAGUUUGUUUUGAAGUAAGCUCCCAGAGCUACUUGACAUUUUCUAUUUCUCUAAUCAUUUAAGCUAGGUAGAAGCACUGUUGUAGCCUACUUCAGUCAUCAAGAUGAGGUUGCUGCACUCCUGCGUCAGAACUGUUGCUGUUACUCUGUUAAAGGUAUAAGAAGGAUUUUGAGGUUUCACACAGAAAGUGAUGCACUGAUAUGUCACUAUUCACUGUGCUUUGAGGUCAUGGACAGUGGUAUAAUUUAGCCUUGAAAAAACCCACAAGUCAGAAGACUUAACUGCAGUGAUGACUCAGCUACCCACAAAUAAAAGAUUAAAGUGGGAGCUGCUGUUCAGCAUCAUUCACUCAAUAGAGCUAGUGGGAAAGCUCAGGAUCUGUGUGACACACGUCAGAAACAUGCAAACUAGAAGGAGAAACGCAACAAACAUUUCCACUGUAUUAUUUCAGUUAAAUGGCUGUUGACAUGCUGCUUUGGUGGAUAACUGAGAACUCCUUCCCUCGUUCCUACUUUAAGAUUCGUUUCAUCAUGACCUCUUUUGAAGAAGUUGAAACUGAAGAAACAGUAACAUGUCUCCACAUGACCUUUUACCAUCCUUGUCAAGAGGACAAAAUGAUGUUUCGUUGCUUGAAUUUCUGUAAGUGAGAACAGGUCAGGGCAGGUGAAAUGGCCAAGUUUGGCCGGGAUUCUAAUGUCUGCCAUUACAACUUCAUGGAUGCUCGAGUUUCUCGAAUUCAGUUCUCCUCGCAAUUGUACAGGAAACUGAAGAGCGCAGAACUUUGUUUUGAGAUAAAGAACAUGAGCAAGAAAACUAAACUGAUCGUGGACCAAACAGAACUGGGUUACUUAAACAAAAUUGACCUGCCAUGGAAGUGCAUCAUUUGUUUUGGGGACUACCAGAUUUUAGCAGAGCCUGAAGAAGGGGAGUCCAUGGAUUAUUUUGAGACACACUUGGCUCAGGCACCCAUCUAACAAGAAAGAUGCCUGCCAUCACUGCAACCUGUACUAGAAAAUGGCAUUUCUUCUUCUAUGUUUCCUUCACACAGCAAAAGCACCAUAGAGAUUGAUGAAAAUGAGUCAUGCUAGUGGGGAGAUAGAGGCUGGAUCAGACUGUCAUCCUUUGAAGCCUGCACAGCUUCUAAAACUGAAGGCUGUCAUCUCAGUCCACUGUUCAGGACAGUUCUCACCACUACGUAUCAGUCUUCUUAUGUGUUGCUUUCAGCAUAGGCAUACUAGAACGUACCAGGUUCCUGCUGCUGUCUUCCCCAAAAUGUAUCUGCUGUCCGAUCACCACUGUCUGCCGCAAAUGUAGGGGAGACAUAGAAGGCCACUCAAAUCCAAUACAGCAGGAUCAGUUGGAGAGCUGUGAUGGCAUGCCUUGAAGGUAUAGUUAGCAGGCAUUAACACAAAGCACGCAGAACAGUGUUUCAGUGGUUAGCUAAGUAGGGUCACAGUGUCUCACUGCAUUUGUUAUACUUCGUGCUUUUGCUUUUGACAGAAAAUUCCAAACUGUAUUUUCAAGCCUAACAUGUAACUCCUCAGAUUCUGCAACUUAGAAACACUUUGUCAGCAUAGUCCUUUUAAGUUAAUAUUUUUAUGAUCUUUGCAGCAAGAUUUUUGUUCUCUUUUUAAAAUGAUUUUUUUGUUUGUUUUGCAAAUUAACUACUUUUGCUUGUGAAUGUCAAUAAAAAUGCAAUGUGAGUGGUAUGUAAAAAUCCAGUUAAAUUUUGCAAUACAACCAUUUGGUUGUCUA